UUAUUGGGUCAUGUAUACUUAUAUAUAGCAGCUAUGCUACCAUGUGUGUCUACCAUAUACCAAACACCUUCUGGAUCUGGGAAGCAGAGGGAAAGAGAUGUAGACGCCAGCACCAGUGACUCUAGUUACAAACCUCCAGCCAGAGGAAGCAACCCACAGCGGCAAAAGUCCCAAAAUCUCCUCCUGCCUUGCUGCUGUCACCCAAAAAGAGAACCAUCCACUGACCCAUCGAGCAGAAACAUCCCUCCUAUGCUCUUGACUGCAGAGCCUCCAGCCAGCAUGGAGAACUCCUCCAAUGUCCAGCCCGGUCUCCCACCAAGAUCCAGAAUGACGCCCAGGAAGGAGAAGGAGAGCAGAGUCACUGUGGCUCCCAGAAGUCACCGACAAAGGCCAUCGAAGGUGGGCCGGGCCCCCGAGGCAUCAUCAGGGAGGAAAGAGAGGCAACAGAAGGAGAAGCCAGAGACAAAUGACAUGAAGUUGGAGCAGGAGACAGAAGUGAAGGUGAGAUCCACUGUGGUGGACAUAGACAGCGUCAGAGACAAUGAGGUCAAGGAGGAGAACCUGGGGCUCCUGGAAGCAGCGGAACAGGACGGUCUGAAGCGCAAGAGUCUGGGAGUGUUUGAGUGGAUGCUGAUGGUCUUCGUCUUGGCUGUGGUUCUCCUCUUGUUCCCGCUUUCCAUCUGGUUCUGUGUCAAAGUAGUGAGGGAGCAUGAGAGAGCUGUGGUCUUCAGAUUGGGUCACCUACUGCGUGGAAGACCGCAAGGACCAGAGAUCAUGACCCAGUUACUCAAGAUAAUCCACAGACCUUGUUGCCUUCUUUUCUACCUCCCAUUCCUGGAUGUGUGUCACAAGGUCGACAUCCGACUGAAAAUGCUGAAGGUUCCUCUUCACACGGUGGUGACAAAGGACAUGGUGAGGCCGGAGCUGAGUGCGGUGUGUUAUUACCAGAUAGAGAACGUGGCUUUGUGCAGCACGGCUCUGUCCAGUCUGACCACAGUGCUGCAGACUCUGGUCCAGGCAGCGGUCAGAGACAUUCUCGCCCAGCACACAUUCAGCCACAUCCUGCUGCACAGGAGGAGGAUUGGACAGCAGAUACAAGCAGCGGUUGACUCUGUUGCUUGCCACUGGGGCAUCAGGGUGGAGAGAGCAGACAUAGACGAGCUCAGUUUUCCCGUGGAGUUACAGCAGAGUCUGGCUGCCGAGGCUGAGGCCAAGAGACAACACCAGGUCAAAGCAACAGAGGCAGAGAGAGAUGCCUGGGAGGGGUUCAGGGCUUCCCUCCGUCUCCUCCAUCCUGCCCUUGUCCUUCCACUCAACCCAGAUCUUCUCAGCGUGACCCCUGACCUCUCAUCUCUACCACCUCCUCCUCCCCCUGCGGUGGAAGGAGAGGGAGGGACAACAGAGGGGGAGCCAGAUACAGACUCGCCAAUGAUGUGACAGAUGGUUAUGACAUGAGUGCUUCUUACUGUUCAAAUGUUCUAGAUUUAUUGUUAUUGAACACCUAACAGAAGAGACUAUGAAAAAGUAAUUUUCACAGAGAUGUUAUCAUGUUUAAGAAAUUUCCUUUAAGCCAAAUGAUUGUUUAUUUAAAAUAUGAGUUCACAAUAAAUGUUUUAUCUGAGUGCUUUGGAUUUUUGAGCAGUUUACGCUGAUGAGCUUUAGCACUGAAGGAUCUGAGAGCCUCUACUGAUGAUAAACUUGGCUUGUGUUGUGUUGGAAAAUAAAUGCCCAGAGAAGGAUAACUUUUUGA